AUGGACAAGUCUGCCGAGCCACAGAAAGACUAUACAUACAUGGCAAAGCAACAUGGGAGACUUAAAGAUGAGACACAAGUUUAUGAAUGCAACAGCAAAUAUGUUAAAUGAGUACUUGUCGGGGGUAAAAGAGUUGAUUCGACAAUCUCUAGAAGCCAAAAAGUUCGCCUACUGCCCCUACAGCAAGUUUAGAGUUGGGGCGGCACUCCUGACACACAAUGGGACAGUUUUUACAGGGUGUAAUGUGGAAAACACUUGCUUCAACCUGGGAAUCUGCACAGAGAGAAUUGUCAUCUCAAAAGCCGUAUCAGAGGGCUACAGGGAUUUCAAAGCCAUUGCCAUUGCAAGUGAUAUGUGUGAGCAGUUCAUUUCUCCUUGCGGUGGCUGCAGGCAGUUCAUGAGAGAGUUUGGUGCUAACUGGGAUGUGUAUUUGUCCAAACCAGACGGUUCCUAUGUGGAGAUGACAGUUGAGGAACUGCUGCCCAUGUCUUUUGGUCCUGAGGACUUAAAAGUGAAGUGAAUAAUAAUUGGAAUGAGUACUAAUGACUGAGGUACUGGAGCAAGGGUUUUCAACUGGGGGUCCAUGAACAAAACAUUUGUCUAAUGUGGUAUUAUAGGCACACUUAUGAUAUAGAAGGUAAAAAUGUUCACUGAUGUUUUUAACAUUAUUAAUAAAAGCUAUCAUAAAGUGUAAAAAAUAUAGCUUUUUAAUUUUGGGGGUGCCAUUGGUCUGUAAAGGUUGAAAACCCCUUUUCUACUAGGUUCUAGACUUGAAAUGCCUGUACCUGAACAUGGUGUGUAGAUAAGAGGUAUUACGUGGAUUAACAGGAUUAAUACUAUGUUAAACAUACAUACUGAUUGUCUUUUGUAAAUACAAAAUCAAAACAGGUGGACAAAUGUUGCUACAGUACAAAUUUUAUUAUUAUUAAAACAAUGCACAUUAUAUAUAUAUAUAUAUAUAUAUAUAUAUAUAUAUAUAUAUAUAUAUAUACACACACACACAAA